AUGUCUGUACGAACUCUAGUCAGACGCCUGCAGAGUUAUGUCAAUGGACGAGCAGAUGCAUUUACAAAAGAAGAUUUAGAAGCACUGAGAGUUAAUUUUCAACCAGCAUUUGAAUCUCAUGUUAUUCCUAACGGCAAAGUAGAAAAAUUUCCGGAACAGUAUGUUUGCCCCGGAAUAAACAGAGACAUGCUUAGCAAAGAAAGAUUCAAAGUUCAAGAAAUAAGUGAUUUUUCGAGUCGUGCCGUUCAAUCAUUCUUUAAUAAACUGCAUAUCGUCACAAGAAACCCCCCAGGAAUACUCGGCUCCCGCACCGAUGCUCUGGUUGAUGAUCUGCUGCGUCUUGUCGGACUGAAUGAUUAUCCUUUGCAGACUAUACAACGACUACCAUGUAAACUGAACAUCUUCAAUAAGCCUUGCGUUUCGGCAAAACCAGACUUUGUGGUAACCCAAGGAAAAUUAUCUGUAAUAAUUCAAGUAUAA